CGCUGAAUCGGUCCUCAUUUCUCUCCCCCUCACUGCGAAGCUAGGGUUUGGGGGGCCUCACUGCGCUCGGGUCGUCCUCCGCCGCGCCGUCCUCCUCCGCUGCACGCCAUCCUCCGCCGCGCCCUCCUCCGGCCGUCGCCCUCCUCUGGCCUGCCGUCCUCCGCCGCGCCCUUGACUGCGCGUCGCCCUCCUCCGGCCGGCCGUCCUCUGCUGCGCCCUCAUCCUCCGCUCGGCAUCCUCCGCCACCCCCUCGUCCGGCCGUCGCCCUCCUCCGCCCGUCGAUCUCCGUCUAUCCCGCCAGGUCGCUGUUCAGCUCCUGCCACACAGCCAGCCUUCUUCCUCUCUUCCGGUUAGUGCAAAGGUGAAUAUGCACUGUUCUUACGCUAAGCUUCAACCUGAUGGAUUCUGAUGACAAGAAGUUUGGAAAAGGCCCUAGGGAGCUCACUGGUGCUGUUGAUUUAAUAAGCCACUAUAAAUUACUUGCCCACCAUGAUUUCUUUUGCAAGAGGCCUUUGCCAUUGGCAAUAUCAGAUACACAUUAUCUUCACAAUGUUGUGGGAGACACUGAAAUUCGUAAAGGAGAAGGAAUGGAGCUAGAUCAACUUGUUCAGAAUGCAUACUUGAGGGACAAGCCUGCGUAUAUCCAGCCAUUUGACAUGGAAACACUGGGUCAAGCAUUUCAGCUUCGAGAAACAGCUCCAGUAGAUCUGCCCUCUGCUGAAAAGGGUAUACCAACUAUAUCUGGUAAACCGAAAAGUGAGUCCAAAGACAAAGAGAAGAAGCAUAAAAAGCACAGAGACAAAGACAGGGACAAAGACAAGGAGCAUAAGAAGCAUAAACAUCGGCAUAAAGAUCGGAGUAAAGACAAAGAUAAAGACAAGGAUAAGGACAAGAAAAAGGAUAAAAGCGGUCAUCAUGAUUCUGGUGGUGAUCAUUCAAAGAAACAUCAUGAGAAGAAAAGGAAACAUGAGGGAAUGGAGGAUUCAGCCGAUGUGCAUAAGCACAAGAAAAGUAAGUUCGAUUGCCAACUCAUGUCAUGUAUUGUUGAAAGGAGGAUCAGAAGGGUUUCUAUCAUCAAAACCCACCGCAGUAGUGAUACCAUGAAUAGAUGUUUAUUUGAAGCUGUUUCAGAAGAACAUGUCUCGCCUGCUAUUUAUGUUGGUCUUGCAGCGUCGUUCCUGGGGAACAUGUAAUUCGUAAUAGGAACUAACCCACUUCAUUGUGCAAUUUUUUUUGUUUCCUGGCCAAAUGGUUGUAGGAACAAUUGUCGAUGACUUUCAACUGUGAAAUUUUCUUAAGAUUAGGUUUAGCAGACCAUGUCAGAUCAAGGAUUCUGGUUAGCACUAACAGUGUUGGAUAGAACUAGAAAUGCAUUUCUCGGCAGGGAAUGGAAACAUCAAGUUGUAUUCCUCAUGCUACUCAGACAAACUAAUUCUUCUAUACUAAUGUCCGUUCUCAAGGAAAACUGUUUGACAAUGAGAAAGGCACUGCUUUAUUUUGUAUAACCAAAUUAUUGUAGUUCGUUUUCCCUCUCUUGUCAUGAAAACUUUAUAU